AUGACUCAGUAUAACCUUUCGACAGAGCUCUCUCUCCAGAGCUCAGCAAAUAAGUCAUUAAAUUUUACUGAACCACCGCUGGCUUUGGAUGAAAGGACAUUAUUAGGGCUGAAGAUAUCCCUGUCAGUCCUUCUGUCUGUCAUAACUUUGGCAACGAUCCUUGCAAACAUUUUUGUUGUUAUUACAAUUUUUUUUACUAGAAAGCUCCACACACCUGCAAAUUACCUCAUUGGCUCCUUGGCAGUAACAGAUCUUUUAGUGUCCGUCCUCGUGAUGCCCAUCAGUAUCGCUUACACUGUCACCCACACGUGGGCCUUUGGCCAGGUGCUGUGUGAUAUCUGGUUAUCAUCAGACAUCACGUGCUGCACAGCCUCAAUCCUACACCUCUGUGUUAUUGCACUGGACAGAUACUGGGCUAUCACAGAUGCUUUGGAAUAUGCCAAACGCCGGACUGCUGGCCGAGCAAUGCUCAUGAUCGCAGUGGUUUGGAUGAUCUCCAUUAGUAUUUCUGUGCCACCGUUUUUUUGGAGGCAAGUGAAAGCUCACGAAGAAAUCGCAAAGUGUAAUGUGAACACAGAUCAGAUUUCCUACACCAUUUAUUCCACUUGUGGAGCUUUCUACAUUCCGACUGUGCUCCUCCUGAUAUUAUAUGGUAGAAUUUAUGUAGCAGCUCGAUCCAGGAUCCUGAAGCCACCCUCACUGUAUGGGAAACGAUUCACUACUGCACACCUGAUAACUGGCUCUGCUGGGUCUUCCCUCUGCUCCAUUAACGCAAGCCUUCACGAAGGGCAUUCCCAUUCUGGUGGAUCCCCAAUAUUUAUCAAUCACGUUCAGAUAAAACUUGCAGAUAGUAUUCUGGAGAGGAAAAGAAUUUCUGCUGCGAGAGAAAGGAAAGCCACCAAAACUUUAGGAAUUAUUCUAGGAGCUUUCAUUUUCUGCUGGCUGCCGUUCUUUGUCAUGUCCCUUGUCCUGCCCAUCUGCCAGGAUGCAUGUUGGUUUCAUCCCAUCCUGUUGGACUUUUUUACGUGGUUAGGUUACUUAAACUCAUUAAUCAAUCCCGUCAUUUAUACAGCUUUUAAUGAAGAAUUUAAACAGGCUUUCCAAAAACUAAUACAUUUCAAAAAGUGCUCGUCUUGA